CGCAUUCUUCGGUCCAUUCAAAACAAGCAUUCUUCUUCAUUAGAGCAGUUAGCGGGCCUGAUAGUUUUGAAAAUCCUUCCACAAAAUACUGAUAAUAACCUGCCAAACCAAGAAAGCUUCUGAUUUCAUGGACAUUGGUAGGUCUCUCCCAAUUAACCUUAUACGCUUUCUUAGGAUCUACCGUGAUGCCUUCUUUAGAGAUUACGUGUCCGAGGAAAGAAAUUCUUUCGAGCCAAAAUUCGCACUUGGAAAAUUUUGCAUAGAGUCGCUCCUCUCUAAGCUUUUGCAGAACAACUCUCAAAUGGUCUUCAUGUUCUUCUGGGCUCUUGGAAUAGAUUAAAAUAUCAUCAAUAAAUACUACCACGAACUGAUCCAAAUAUUUUUUGAAGACUUGAUUCAUCAUGUCCAUGAAGGCUGCUGGUGCGUUUGCUAACCCGAACGGCAUUACUAAAAACUCGUAGUGGCCGUAGCGUGUGUGGAACGCUGUCUUUGGCACAUCUUCCUUCUCUAUCUUCAGCUAAUGAUACCCCGAACGAAGGUUAAUUUUUGAAAAUAUUUCAGCACCUUGUAACUGAUCAAACAAAUCGUCAAUGCGUGGUAGCGGAUAUUUGUUCUUAAUGGUAAUCUUGUUGAGCUCUCGAUAAUCAAUACACAUUUGCAUCGUCCCGUCCUUCUUCUUCACAAAAAAAACGGGUGCUCCCCACGGUGAUACGCUAGGGCGAAUAAACCCUUUGUCCAAUAAUUCUUGUAGCUGAGUCUUCAAUUCUUUUAAUGGCUACUAGCCGUUACUCUGUAGUUCUAAUAUAGCACCCCCAGCUCGAUUGCGUCCUCUCCAGGACCCGCCAACUUGCACACGGCCUCGACCAUCCUGUAAACAAUGGAUGCGCUCCUUUCGUCGGUGUGGGUGGGAUCGGUUCGGCUUAUGCAUCCCGAUCGAUCCGAAGAAUCUCACUGGCUGGUUAACCAUACAACAGACAAUGAAUCAAGCAAAGUUACCAUUAGACCCCCUGCAUCCUGAUCUGAAGAAUCUCACUAGUUGGAGUUUUGCGCAAAAGACUCAGACCCAAUCACCUGCCACGCGUUCCAUGUAUAAUGGAAAGCAACUCAGGAUUUUGAAUAAUUUAAUUGCUUGAAUUUUCAUUACAUGAUGAGGGGUUUAUAUACAUGUAGAAACUGUAAUCAAUAAGGAAUGAAUAUAACUAUUGUGUACACAGUUAAUUGGUUCCAGAUUUUAUGCUUGAUUGCUGAUAUCAUGCUUUGCUGAUUUAGGUGUUGACUGUGAUGAUCUGAUUUCCAUGUGUGCUGCGCAAGUCUUGCUUUGAUUUCCAUAUGUGUACUGCAUGGCUGGAUGUUUGCUUUUGUUCCCAUAUAAGUGCUGCAUGUCGUGCUUUCCAUAUCUUUUUGCAUGCAAAAGGUUUUGAUCAUGAGGAUGUCUCGGGCGUGGGUCCUCUAGUGAAGAAAGAUGAAAGGAGAUCCCUCGUUGUGACAGAGUACGGAGAGGUCUCAGCCACUAAAAUUAGUGAUGGAAUUGGAGGGCUCUACCACCUCCACUUCCUUACGAUGGAGCCCAACUCCCUCUUCCUUCCAGUACUCCUCCAUGCAGACAUGGUCUUUUAUGUCAACACAGGAAGUGGGAGGUUGAGUUGGGCUGAAGAUCAGGAUGAGAUGAGGAGGGUGAAUGUACGUCGAGGAGAUAUCUACAGGCUUCGGGCAGGCUCUAUCUUCUAUGUACAGAGCAGCUUAGAGCCGGAGCGGCAGAAGCUUAGGAUAUAUGCAAUCUUUGCUAAUACAGAGGAGUCGCCAUAUGAGCCAUCAAUUGGAGCAUACUCGAGCAUUAACAACCUGGUCCGAGGCUUUGAUAAGAAAGUCCUUCAAGCAGCUUUUAAGGUUCCUGAGGAUCUGAUUGAAGCAAUAACAGAAGGAACCAAGGCACCAGCCAUAGUGCAUGUGGUGCCAACAAAGGAAACAACCUUCUGGGAAUUGGAGGCUCGGUUCCUGAAACUCUUCCUGGGAGGCAAAGGCAGCAUGGCAUUCAACAACAAGAAGAAGAAAACAAGAGCCUUUAACAUUCUUGAUGCAGACCCAGAUUUCGAGAAUUGUAAUGGGCGGAGCCUAACAGUGACCAAGAGAAAUUUUCAUUUGUUGAAGGGUUCCAAUAUGGGUCUUUUCAUGGUGAAUUUGACAAAGGGCUCGAUGAUGGGGCCCCAUUGGAAUCCAAUGGCAACGGAGAUAGCAAUAGUGUUGCAAGGGCAAGGGAUGGUUCGGGUGGUUUGUUCUAGCAGUGCAAAGGAAUCAGAGUGCAAAAAUAUGAGGUUUAUGGUCAAGGAAGGAGAUGUUUUUACUGUGGCUAGGUUCCAUCCCAUGGCUCAGAUGUCUUUCAACAAUGACUCGUUUGUUUUCAUGGGAUUCAGCACAACAAGGUGGAGAAACCAUCCUCAAUUUCUGGCAGGAAAGAGCUCAGUUCUUCAAACUUUGGACAAGGAAGUCUUGGCUGUGUCCUUCAAUGUCACUAACACUACUACGAUUGAUCAGCUUUUGACUUCGCAAGCUGAUUCAAUCAUGCUAGAGUGUACUUCUUGUGCUGAGGAAGAAAGGAGGAUUAUGGAGGAAGAAAUUGAGAAAGAAAGGGAGGAAGAGGAAGAGAAAGAGAGAGAAGAGGAGGCGGCCAGAAAGAGAGAGGAAGAGGAAGCCAGGAGGAAAGCAGAAGAAGAAGCCAGGAGGAGAGAAGAAGAGGAGAGAGAGGAAGAGAAAGAGAGAGAAGAGGAGGCCAGAAAGAGAGAGGAAGAGGAGAGGGAGGAAGAGGAAGCCAGGAGGAGAGAAGAAGAGGAAGAGAGGAGGGAGGAAGAAGAAGAAGAAGCCAGGAGGAGAGAAGAAGAAGAGGAGGAGGAGAGGAGGGAGGAAGAAGAAGCCAGAAAGAGAGAGGAGGAAGCAGAGAGGGAGGAAGAAGAAGAAGAAGCCGGGAGAGAAGAAGAGGAAUCUAGAAGGAGAGAGAAAGAGGAGAGGAGGGAGGAAGAAGAAGCCAGAGAAGAGGAAGCAGAAAGGGAGCAAGAAGAAGCCAGGAGGAAAGAAAAAGGAAAGAGACGAGAAGAGGAAGAGAAACAGAGACGAGAAGAAGAGAGGGAACAAGAAGAGGAAGAGAAAUGGGAAGAAGAGAGGGAAAGGAGGGAGAGACAACGAGAGGAAGAAGAAAGGAGUCAAAGGCAGGAGAGACAACGAGAGGAAGAAGAGAGGCAAGAAGAGGAAGCGGAAAGGAGACGGGAAGAGGCAGAGUGGGAGGAAGAAGAGGGCCAGAGACAAGAAGAAGAAAGGAGGAGGAGGAGACAGGAGGAGGAAGAAGAACCUGCUGGAAGACGAUCUGAAGAGGACUGGAGAGAGGAACAAGAUGAGAAAGAUAGGAGGGAAGAACAAGAGGAGGAAGGCAGUAGUGAAGAGGGUAGCAGAGCUCUGAAGAUGGGAGGAUUUAAGGCCCAGCUCCCCAAUUGGAUUGGCUAGUUUUUAUCAAUUUAGAUAAUGCGCAUGUGAAUAAAAUAGUCUUGCGGUGUAUUCCAUGUUUGUCUUUUGACGGUUUUUUGGUAUAAUAAGCUUUGUGAUCCAUGUUUAUGACUAAUGGUUGAAAGGCGAAUUAACUUCUGCCUCACUCCUCUUAGUAAAUGGGUACGAAAUCCUGUAUUGUUGAUUGAAAAUAAAUCUUGUGAUAGGCAGAGGCAGAUGCCCUUUUGGGUAGAAACUAAAAGUUGAGCCAUACAAAAGCAAAACAAGUAGAAGAACGCCAAGAAUUAACCACGAGAAGACGAUGGAACAGAUACAUUCAAACUUAUGGGGAGGAAUGCAGCUACAAGUAAUGCCUUUUGAUCUUGAGGUUUUCUCACCUUAUUUAUUUGAAAACGGUGACAGCUCGCAUCUAAGUCUUCAUCGUCUUGUGCUUCUUAAAUCCAGCUUUACUUUUUGCAAAGAAUACCUCAUUCAGUGGCAGCAUCAGUACACAGGAAGAAAGCUGCAAUCACAAGCAUACCUGGUUUUUCUACUCUACAGCGUUAGUGUAUUUGGAUCAGCAAAAUUGGCUUUUGAACUCGUACCAAUUGAGCUAUGGCAUGUUUGUAUCUUGUAUUAAACACUAACUUUGAAU